CCAGGGGACAGCGACGGCCGGCGGGAGGGGCGGUGGUGGCGGGGCCUUGCAUUGCAGGGCCCAUUGCCCCCAUCCCGGAAUGAUAGGGCCGUCUCUGGGGUGACAGUCCCCUCUUCUCUCUGUAUUCUACCUCUUUCGGGCCGGCGACAGCGUGAGGGCUUGGUGUCCCGAGCCGUGGUCGCCCUGUCCCACGAGGACGGGUCAGGGCGUGGGUGAGAGCCCCCCAAACACGGUUUUCCUCACAUAUGUGGCCAUGUUGCCAUCCCCGAACAGGGAGGCAGUUCAGCCCCCAGAACUUGCCUGUUGGCGGUUUCUGACCUAGAAGGGCUGACCUCUGCCCCUGGUGAUUGAGCCCAGAUGAGAAGUUGCUGCCUGCUUCCCCACCUCCCCUUCACCCUGCGUCUGCCUCUCUUGUCACUUGGUGUCCACCAGCUUCCUCUUCCUUCCUGCGCGUGACUCAGACAGGCUUACCUCUCCCCCCGGGGGCUGCCCGGACCCGGGAGGUCCGCUCGGAGUCUGCACCGAGACUGGAAGCGUGGGAGCCUCAGGCUUCUCCUCGGUCAUCGGCUGUUUGCAUUGCAGCUUUUGAGUCAGGAGAGGAUUCUGAACAGGCAUUCAAUUAGAAGUUGUUCGGAUAACUUUGGUCCACGUUAAAGUUUGUACGGUUCUGCCCGAGUUUUUAAGAUGUGGCCUCAUGGAUGAGCUGGUACAUGACUUGGCCUCAGCCUUGGAGCAGACAUCUGAGCAGAAUAAGCUUGGUGAGCUGUGGGAGGAGAUGGCUCUGAGCCCUCGGCAGCAGAGGCGGCAGCUUCGGAAACGGAGAGGCCGGAAGCGCCGUUCAGACUUCACUCACCAGGCUGAGCACACCUGCUGCUACAGUGAAGCCUCGGAGUCAAGUCUGGAUGAGGCCAUUAAGGACUGUCGAGAAAUGGCUCCAGUCACCAAUUUUAGUGACUCUGAUGACACCAUGGUAGCCAAACGGCACCCCGCUCUCAAUACCAUUGUUAAGAGUAAGCAACAUUCCUGGCAUGAAUCUGACUCCUUUACAGAAAACGCACCUUGUCGACCACUCAGGCGUCGGCGGAAGGUGAAGCGAGUGACGUCCGAGGUGGCUGCCAGCCUUCAGCAGAAGCUCAAGGUGUCAGAUUGGAGCUAUGAGAGGGGCUGCAGGUUCAAGUCUGCUAAGAAGCAGCGUCUGUCUCGCUGGAAGGAGAAUACUCCCUGGACCUCAUCAGGCCAUGGGUUAUGUGAAUCAGCAGAAAACAGGACUUUCCUAAGCAAAACAGGAAGGAAAGAAAGGAUGGAGUGUGAAGCGGAUGAACAAAAACAGGGCUCUGAUGAGAACAUGUCAGAAUGUGAAACUAGCAGUGUGUGUAGCAGCAGUGACACCGGACUCUUCACCAACGAUGAAGGCCGUCAAGGGGACGAUGAACAGAGCGAUUGGUUCUAUGAAGGCGAAUGUGUCCCAGGAUUCACUGUGCCUAAUCUUCUGCCCAAAUGGACACCUGAUCGUUGCUCUGAAGUUGAAAGAAUGGACUCUGGGCUAGAUAAGCUUUCAGAUUCCACAUUCCUUUUACCUUCUCGACCAGCUCAAAGAGGGUACCAUGCACGCUUGAAUCGUCUGCCUGGAGCUGCAGCCCGAUGUCUCAGAAAGGGGCGAAGAAGGCUUGGUGGGAAGGAGACGAGCAUAAGUACUUUGGGUACAGAGAGGAUAGGCCACAUCAUUAGUGAUCCUCGGCACAAAGAAAAGAACAAAGCGUUGGCUUCUGCUUUUCCUCACAUUUCCACUUGUGCACAUGAGUUUAAUCCCCUCUCUCCCCUUUAUUCCCUGGAUGUUCUUGCUGACGCUUCUCACCGAAGAUGUUCACCAGCACACUGCUCUGCCAGACAGGCAAGCAUACACCUGGGACCACCAUGUUCACGUGACGUUAAGAGGAAACGGAAACCUGUGGCCACAGCAUCUCUGUCUAGCCCAAAUGCAGUUCUCACAGACACAAUGGAGCCAGCCACACCAGCCUCACAAGUCCAGAAAUCUCCAAACUCCGAGUGGUUGAUCAGGACCUCUGCAGCAGAGAAAGCCACUGAGUCAACUACAGCUACGUUUUUUAAAAUGCCACAAGAAAAGAGCCCUGGAUACGGCUAGAGAGCAAUACUUCCCCUGCUGGGAGCUGACUGGAUGUUGCUAAAGCAAGUUUUAGACUUUUUAUUAUAGAGUCUUGCAUAUCUUAAUUGGCAUUCCCCGUCCUUUCUUCCUUCACUACUAGGACAGGCUCCUUUUCAGACAGAGGAGUGGACUCUUUCUCUGGGAAAAUCGUGUUGUGGGAAUCUUUUUUUUUAAUUAGCAGAGUAUCCAGGUAGCAGUUUUUAAAAAAAUAAUGUCGUGCUAUGCUGUAUCUGUUCUAUUUUUAUUGCUGUCCCAACAUCUUUCUACAGCCCCAUUUACAGAGUCGUUGCUUUAUUUGCAGGUGUGUAUUUCUUGUUGAAAAACUAGUGACUGCUUUUGCACACCCUUUGUACAGAGCUUCUAAUGUCAGUUGAGGAAGAUGCAAAUUGGCAGCCGGUUCUGGACAAAUUUAAACACUGAGUUAGGCUCUGUGUGGAAUUGUGCUUCAGGAGGUAAGGCUUGCCUUUGGGCCUGGUCUGGAUUCACUCAGAGCACCAAUAAGAUAAACCAACCAGUUUCCCAACGUGGGGCCUCGAAAGAGAGACCAGCAGCAUGGGCCUUGGGGGCGUCUUUCAUUUUCCUGCAGAUGGUCUGAUGGGAUCACCAGCAGUGGACUGUACUUUGUCCCAUCUCCGAAGUUCGUUUUCUGCUGAAAGAGGACCUGUAAACCUAUACAGAUUGGUGUAAUGAAGAAGAUGGGUUAGGUGCUCAGCAAACUCAGAGUAGUCAGUGGGUUGUUUCUUAAUACUUCAUGUUGCAGUGUAAGCCUUUAUGUACUAAGCAGAACUUUUAUUAGUAAUAUAGGUCAGUAACCUGAAGCAAAAAUUCAUACUCUAUUAUAAUAAUGGCUUUUUGGGGCCAUAUUUGGGGAGGAAAAAUGUCUUUUUGAUAUGCCUUUCUACUUGGUGUGUUUCUGGCGGCUCAGCUGCAUGUAGAGUUAUAUGUACAGUCAUGCCUGAAGUUGGAUGCUGCUUUGUCAAAGUGAGGAAUAAGUGAUUGCCUGGAGCUGCUGGAGAAAAGCCACCCUUUCUAAGACGUAUUAUCAAGAGUGUCUGUCGUUCAGCGGCUUGGUUAACAGAGGGCUCUUAUUGGUAUGAAUCAAGUGCUUUCACUCUGAAAUGUAUGGACAUGUGUGUACCGCUCUCUUAAUGCUCUAGAGGAACCCCAAACCCUGCACUGGCUAGUUUAUGUGCGUAAAUGGGUACAGAGUGGAAUGGGGCAUCCUUUCCUCAUAGCGCAGUUGUCCCCUUUUCUCACACAGAACGUAAUGGUAGGUGACUUAUUCCCUUAUAGUCCUUAUUGAUGGUAGCUUCAGAAUGUCCUUAUUGGUGGGGACGGGUGGGAAUCUGGCUGGAAAGAGAGGGACUUGGAGCUAAGUUUACAUAGCACUUUAUGUGAGACUGAGAAAAUGCCAGUUGUCCAUAACAAGGAAUAUGUGGAAGAAAGGGGCAGAUGGGAGCCACCCUGGUCCGGAGGGCUUCAAGGCUGCACUUCUCUUCUCCGUGAGCUACACCCAUAGAAAUAUAGAAAAUAUAAUGUCUGUUGAAUAUAAAAUGGCACAACUGAGCUUUGCCAAUGAUGAGGGUGGGUUUUGUUGUCAUAUUUGCAUUCUCACCUUGUUCCCACAGUGACCUGGGAGACAUUUUUAAUAUACUUGGUGAGAUUCAAAGGAGAGAUCUAUGGGCAUGAUUGUUUUUUCCUUUGUGUACCAAGCUGCAUAGUUCAUGCAGCGAUUGGUCCAGAUCGUGGCCCAUUGAGACUCCACAGUUCAGGUGGCAGAGAUGUUCCAGCAUCCUUUCCCCGUGACGUGUUGCCCAGCACUCUUCCUUCAAGCUGUAAUUAAAAAUAAUUUAUGUAUACACUUUUAUGUACACAGUAAACAUCUCUGUGAUGUAAGGGUAGGUGACUGCUGCCAUUUUACAGAGACGACGACAGUCACAGAUUUUAGUGACUUACCCCCAAUCAAAUAAUCAAGCCAAUACUAACAUCUCAGACUUUCUCUGCCCCGGGCUAUAUAAUCUUUUGCUUUUCAUUUUUAGACCAGAGUGAGUCUGAGAUCCCUGUUUAUGAAACAAUAUGCCAUGAAUGUUUAUCUUUCUCGACAUGCUUUUCUGCACAUUUUCAAUUCUUCCAACAGGGAUCACCCAAGAAUGCAACAUCUACCUGUUGUAACUGGAGAAGGAAAUUAGUUGCCUAUGAGGAUAACUGCAAAGCAGACAAAUGUUUUCACCACAGGGUUGUAAAUUAUGCCCCUCGUUUUAAGGUGCUGUGUGUGCAUGCUUAAGGAAUUAUCAACCACCUGCUCUUUUACUCUACGUUUUCUGUACGAACCAAUUCCAGAGAAAUAACCUUAGAAUCAGAUGUAUUUUGAAUCUUAAAGUUGAAAUUUCUUGUUUAUAUGUCAUAGUGUGUGGUGUCAUAAAUUAAGAAAAUUUUACCUUUCAAGAAAGGAUAGAAUUUCUUAAUCAGGUUUUGUAAUCCGUGUUGAAAAAACUCUGAUCUCACUUUGAGGAUGAUCCUUGAGCUCACCUGUGUUUGAUCCGCUCCAGAGUAACAACUGAAGCUGUGUUCCACAGUUCUUGUUUAUUCCAGGUGUCGGAUUUGUGCCAGCCGGCUGCACAAACUGCCAGUCUGAAUCCUAAUUCUUGUGUAUUUUUCACAAUGGGCAAAAAUGAGGAUCAUUCAUAAAAAGUUAGUUUGCCUAUGAUUUUAAGAGUUUGAGAUUAUUUUUCAGACACAGUGUUUUAAAGGGACAACUUCGUUUGUUUCAAAACUCUUGUGUUGCCUUUUGGUAAGAACUAUUCAGAAGAGGAAAUAAGUAACCAUUUAAUGGUGCCAAAUUGGUGGGUUUGGGGGGUGGGAUGGGGACUGUUGGGGAUAGGGUUGAGGGGAGGGGCAUAGAAUCUUUACUGAAUGAGGUGUGGUUGGCAAAGAGGCCACAUUUAGUCUUGGAUUCUGUAGAAAUCAAAUGCAGUUGAAAAUUUCAGACAAUAUUAUAGGCUGCAAACAAGGUCAUUUUGGCAGCAACAUGACCAAAAACUGAAAUAAAGCCUCUUAAUCUGUGAAGCUUGUGGCAUCGUUUGUCAAGUCCAGUUCAACACUGAGGACAAGUUAUUGAACUCUUUAUAAAUCCCAGAGAGAUGGAGUUGAGAUAACUUCGCAGUUUGGAAACUGCGUGGCACCAGAAGACCUGAUGUUGAGAAGUAAAGGAGGUGAGUUCUCACGGAAGUCACUUAGGGCAGAGGAAGCUGCGGAGUGCUGAGAGAGGAGCUGGGCUGGCACAGUCAUCGAAGAUGUGAUGGCUUCUCCACUUGGGCUCCAGGUGAUGACUGUUGGGUGUACGUGGUUCAUUGCAGGGCUUUGCUUUCUUCUCCACUUGGGCUCCAGGUGAUGACUGUUGGGUGUACGUGGUUCCUUGCAGGGCUUUGCUUUAUUUUGGCUUCGUUACUAUGGUUCUGAGCCACAGGCUUCUUCUCAGGAGAAGGCGACGUACAAGUCUCAGCAGUGAAACGGUAUCCUGUGUUCUGUGUGCCCUGUGACCCUCAUCUGGGCUGAGAUGAGAACAAGUCGCUUCCCCAGCUGUGGAUGCAGUGUAGUUGGGACCAUGGUUUAUGGAAUGGUGGGAGGAAUGGUAGAGACAGUUGGCUUUUGCUGUCAGCUGCUCCCUUUGUCAGUGCCUGAGCUGCCAGUUUACUUGUCGGUAUUUUCUUAUCUCCCACUCGGGCCAUGAUAGUGGAGUUACUGAUGGUGGGAACAAUCAGGAUGGAUUCCUGCUCUCAGAAAAUAUACAGAGGGGAAACUGAGGAACAUGGUGGGCUCUCCAUCGUGCAGUAAAUGCACAUGGCCCAAAGAUGCUUUCACUUCCAUUAAGAUCACAAAACAGAUGAAAGUUGAAUGUAUGGAAACAGCACCAUUGAAAACAAAUGAAGAAAAUGGGCAGUAUUUCUGAAGAGUGUGGAUUAUCAGGUUUUUAACAAGCCCAGCAAAACAAACGUGGCCAAACAUCCCCUGAUUCAUGUAGCUGUGGGGACCUGCAAACUCAAGAUCAGCAGGCCGGAGACCAGGGCCGUUGUUGCUCACAGGCUGUGAAGAUCCACGAAUCCCAAGAUGGGCAGGCAAGAUGGCAGGUAAGCUGCUACCUCAAGUCCCGAGAACCAGAGGUCAGGUGAACAGGAGCCAGCUGCAGGAUCCAGACCAAGCGAAAGCCCUGGCAUGGAGAGCAGGAAGAGGCAGGAGUGGAGGGCAGAGAGAUGAAGGCUGAGGGGGGCGGUGAGCCACCACAGGCCCCACCCACACCAGUACCAACUCACAGCACAUUCCAUCGUGGGGGUGAUCACUUACCAAAUCUCAACAGGGAAGUGAUCACAAUGUUAUACGAUUGCCAAAACACUGAGAAUCAUGGCCUAGCCAAGUUGACACGCAAUCUUAACCGUUACACAGCCUUUGAGCAAGUUUCACUUAAAAAAAAAAAAAGUUUUAAUAUACUGUAGUACCCUUAGCUCUGAGUUGCUCUUAUAUUUUCCUCCAUUAGCAAAGAGGGGCUCUGUGUAUGGUUCUUUAUAAGCACUGAUAAUGUCUUUAUCUUCCAUAUGUUUUUCCUCAAGAUUCUGAAAGAUCUCCUGGAGUUAUUUAUGAGAAAGCAUGAUACGGUAGAAAAUGCCCAGAAGGCCAUGUUUAGAUGGGUGGAAAUACCUUUUUUAAGUGAAUUAAAAUCGAACAACAAUGAAGUUUUAGUCAAUGAAUGAUAGUUGUUUUUCAUAAUCGACAGUAAAAACAAUUCGUGUAAGAUAUUGCCAUCUGUGAUUUUAUGAUAUUCAUUAGAUCUUAGUUUCAAGGGAAAAUAUAUAUUUUCCAGCAUGAUAAUGAUGGAUCCUUUGAAGUGUAGCUCAGAACAAUUAAAAAUAAUUGGGGAAAAACACUCUGGUACAUAGCAGAUACGUAAUAAGUACCUGUUAAAUUAUAUCUUUUGUUGGGUCUUCAUCUCAGCACUUCAGAGCAUGUAGAAAUCAAUUUUAAGUGAUCCCACUUAAUCAUACAGAUUGUUUUACAUCUCAGCUGAUGAUUCUGCAGGAGCUGGGGACGAAUAGCAAUAUCAUCAUGUAUCUUUUUAUUGCCUGACUCACAGAUGCAGCAUUUCAGAAUAUGGACUCUUAAAGCUUUGGAUUGAACUCAUGGCCAUUUUUUCUAUAUUAUUUGUAUUAAUUAGGCUGGGCCCUAACUUGUUGCUGAAGCCUGUGAACCCAAGUUUUCUCUUUCAGGGAACACGUGUGGCUAAAGAGUUCAUCGUGCUUGGAAAGGACUACUAGGAUUUCUCUAGGGCCAUUUCUUCAGAUGCUCAUUUGUAGGCUGUUUAGCUCUCAUUUACAUUUUUGCAGUCUUAAAACAUUAUACAAUUUUUCUAUUCCAUCUUGAUGAUAUAAUGCAAAACAAUGUAUUUAAAAGAAGCAACCAGUUCUGGUCUUUAAAUUGACUUCAAGUAGAUGGUCAUUUUUUUAAGUAUUCCUCGCCAAAAAGCUCUCUUCAAAGAGAUACAGAGGAAAAAGGCAAACCCAACUACCUACUUGAAGACCAGUUAAAACUACCUCCAGCCAAAAAUAUGUUACUAGAUAUUAUGAAGAUGUGGGGAUAUAAAAUGUUGGAAGCCUUUUAAGAUGUCAAUUAUGAAAAUUAAUGUUUCCUUUUUUUUUUUAAGUUCUGUUCCCUGGCAGAUCCCUCAUUCAAAUGUUUUUAAUGGGAAAAAAGGCAGGAAGUAUCAGAGAACUUAAAAAUGACCUUGGUGGCUUUGUCUUAGAAUCAGCCUAUUUAACUAUGUAUAAAUUCUACAUCUUGCUCCUCCCAGUGAGCCAUGUGUUUCUCUGUGAUGAUGUUCUGUGCCUUUGAGUUGACUCCAACUCACAACGACCCUGUAGGACAGAGUAGAACUGCCCCAUAGAGUUUCCAAGACUGUAAUCUUUAUGGGAACAGAUUGGCAGGUCUAGUCUCCCACAGAACUGCUGGUGGGCUUGAACUGCUGAUCUUCGUUGAGUGCUUUAACCAUGUACCACCAGAGCUCCUUUUCUCUGUGAUACAACCCUGUUAGGUAAUGUCACCCCACAAUUAUGGUGAAAUUGAAAUUACUUGCAAUGUUAUUUGUCACCCCAUCUGUUUUUCAGCAGCUUUUGCAAACUGGCCACCGUUUCUACUCCCACCUUCCCUCCUCAACCUCAGCAGCUAAUCUCACCCCUCCCUAACAGAUAAUACCGAGAGGCAUUGGCAGGAACUUCCCCACCUCCACACAUUCACAUACAUCCUUUCUCACCCCUCUCCCAUCGUGUCUGUCCUGCCCAAGAUGUCCCUUCUCCUAUAUCCUAGGUCCCACGAUGUUCUUGCUCAGAUGCCUUGCUCUGUUUAGCCUCAGCCUUUCACCACUGGCAUGAGUGGCUUUGCACUUAAACAUGUUCAAAGACUCCCUCUCCGAGUAAAAAUACCCCUCUUCAGCCCUUUCAACCCCUUGACUACCACUAAAGUGUACUACCCUCACUGGCACUUUCUGCCAUUAGUCCUUCAUUAAUUCCUCAGUCCAUUGAAGCAGUGGUUUCUAACCUUGGCUACACACUAGGAUCACCUGGGAAACUUUAAAAAAUCCUACUUCCCGGGCUGAACCACAGACCAAUUACAUUAGAAUGGGAAGGUGUAAAGCAAUGUACAGCCAAGGCAGAGAACCACUACACUUAAACCUGGCUGCUAUUCUUACCACCAUCAAAAUUCUGCUUGCUGGGUUCACCAAUGACUUCUGGUUGGUAAAAUUUAGUUUUUAGGUUGAUCUUUAUAACAUUGAUAUGGUAUAACUACUUCCUUUUUGGAAUCUUCCCUUUUCUGACCCCACCCUCUCCUGAUUUUUCUCCUACUGCUUAGCUCUUUUAGUCUCCACAGGUAGAUCGGCUGACUGGCAGGUCAGUCAGACAGACUGUGAAUGUCUGCCUCCAACACGAAUUGUGUUAACACUGCUAAUGAGUUCCUUCUGCAUACCACCUUAGUGCACUGGCUUCCACAGUUAGAGUGAGAGUUGACAUCCAUUAAUAAUCAUUGUAGCCACCUCAGAGAGAGCAGGAACCCUGGUGGCACAGUGGUUAAGAGCUCAGCUGCUAACCAAAGGUCAGCAGUUCAAUUCCACCAGUUGCUCCUUGGAAACGUAUGGGGCUUCUACUCUGUCUUAUAGGGUCACUAUAAGUCAGAAUCAACGACGGCAACAGGUAAAAGAGCAUACUCAGCUCUCUGCUCCUUCCCUUACUCUCUUCUCUUUGCUCCUCCUCCUCCAAGUCUACUGAAGGGGCUGGAAUUGCUAAUCAGAUUCUUAGAUGGAUCUCCCCUGUUUACUAGUAGGUGAAGUUGCUAUUCAUGAUAAGUCAGAAUCUUGGUAGGAUAAGGAGGCCUGGGCCCACUUCAACCCAGAAGGAGCCCCCCCCACCAAUCUAGUGCUGUCUUCAGUUUUUGACUUUCUGCUGCUGAUCAGAUUUUAGUUUGGAUUUAGGGACUGAAGCAGACCUCUUCCUCGUUCCCUUUUGGCCUUGGACACCAUGCUGCAUGUUAUUAGAGCUUUUUCAGGGGUUUCAGGCACCAGCUCUACUACUCAAAGUGGGACUUGAUUUUCUAUUUCACUAACAUUGUGCGUGCUGCUGUGUAAACUGUACGGGUUCCACCCUUACUAGAACGAACGCUGUGUGUUCUUGACUUCUUUGAAUCAUGAGUUUCUGAUUCAAAAUCUGAGACAGGCGAAUCUGAUUAGUAGCGCCUGGGUCAUGUGCCUGUGUCCUAGCUGCAGGAAGUAAGAAUGAGAUCCUUCAGGAUUUUUAGCUUCUCUUAGGGGUAGGGUGAAUUCUUCAAACAUGAGAAAGCAAUUCAGAUGCUGGACAGCCAAUAAAAAUAGCGAAGGUCCUACUAGAGCCAUUGCCCUGUUCACUGAUUAAACAAACAUUUAUUGAGUACUAACUAAGCCAGAGAAGCCCUGGUGGUACAGUGGUUAAAGCGCUUGGCUGCUAACCGAAAGGUUGGUGGUUUGAACCCAUCAGCCACUCUGCAUAAGAAAGGCGUGGCAGUCUGCUUCCAUAAAGAUUUAUAGCCUUGGACACACUAUGGUUUCUAGUUUCUCCUGUAGGGUCGCUAUGAAUUGGAAUCAACUUGAUGGCAAUUUUUUUUUUUUUAAACUAAGCCAGUCUUCCACUGGGACCUUUGGCCACCCCAAAGCACGACAUUCCUGGGUCACUUGGAUAUACUCUUCCUUAAAAUUACCAGAACCAUAUCAAGAGCCACCUAAUAAUAACAAUGGUGAAUUACUGAGUGAUUAUCUUAUGCCAUUUGUAAACAGCAUCUCAAUCCUCAAAAACUCUAAGGUAAAACCAUACACCUAUGGCCAGUUGAUUUUUGACAAGGGUGUGGAGUCCAAUUCAAUGGAAAAAGAGUAGUCUUUUCAAAUGGUGCUAGGACAACUGGAUCGCCACAAGCCAAAGAAUGAAGUUGCUAUGUACCCGUCUCCCAGCUUUCCCUAAUGUUAACAACUUACAUACUUACAUACCCACGGUAAAAUGAUCAAAGCCAGGAAAUUAACACUGACACAAUACUGUUAACUAAACUGCAGACUUUAUUCAAAUUUCACCCGUUUUUCCACUAAUGCCCUUUAUCUGGUUUAGAAUUCAAUCCAGGAUCCUCAUAUACCGGGUGUGUUUCUGAGCUUUCUGUUACACUGGUCUAUUUAUCUACUCAUGAAUCAGUACCACAUGGUUUUAAUUACAAAGGCUUUAUAGUAUGUUUUAAUGUCUAGUAGGACUAGUCCCCCGUCAUAGUUUUUCAGUGUUUUCCUGACUGUUGUUAAAUGUUUUUUUAUGUGAGCUUGUGUCAACUUGUCUAACUCUUUAAAAAAUGUGUUGGUAUUUUUAUUGAAAUUGUGUUAACUUAGGGAGUACUGACAUCUUUACAAUAUUAAGUCAUCCUUUCCAAGAACGGGAGAUGUCUUUCCAUUUGUUCAAGUCAAUUUUUGUGCCUUUUCAGGACUGUUUUAAAAUUUUCCUGUGUAGGUUUUGCACAUUUCUUGUUAAGCUUAUCCCUAAGUAUCUAAUCCUAUUUGUUGCUGGUAAAUGAGGUUUUCUUUAUCAUAUGUCUUCUUGCUGGAUGUUAUUUGUAUCUAUAAAUGCUGUUGAUUUUCGUGUGUUAAUUUUACAUCCUGCUACCUUACUGAAUUCUUUUACUUUUGGGGGUUAGUUUUAUCAUUGAUUCUCUAGGGUCAAAAAAUAUCUUUCUAAAUGCACAGAGGACUGGCAGGAAAUCAAAGAAUCUUGUUGUUGUUGUUAGGUACCAUUGAGUCAGUUCUGACUCAUAGCAACUCUUUGUACAAUAGAACAAAACACUGCCUGGCCCUGCACCAUCCUCGGAAUUGUUGCUAUGUUUGAGCCCAUUGUUGCAGCCACUGUGUCAGUCCAUCUUGUUGAGGGUCUUCCUCUUUUUUGCUGACCUCCUACUUUAACCAAGCAUGAUGUCCUUCUCCAGGGAAUGUUCUCUCCUGAUAACACAUCCAAAGUACGUGAGAUGAAGUGACAGCUACUUACCUUGGGAGGUAAGUGAACUAAAAACCAUCUUUUACUCUGAAGUUAUCUGCUAAAUUCUGGUUACCUUGAUUCUCUGUUGCAAUGACUACAAUGGGUGCAGGAGAUAAAGCAGAGUCUGCUCAAGGCAGGGAGUUUAAUCUGAGAUCUCCCACAAAGCAGGGACCCCUAAAGUGCUACCCUCAAGAGUGUAAGGGUAAGUAACAAACUCACCAAGCAGAAAUAACAAGGAAACUUCCUCUUCUUUACCAUGACCCUACAUGGAGGAACUGUUUUUUUUUCCCCCACCCCAAAAUGUGUAACAAGUUGUCCCUCAUAGAGGUUUAUGGCCUAAAUGUAUACUAUUUCUGUGGUCCAAAAUACUCCCAGGAGAAAGUUUAAUUUACAGAGGACCCAGAUCAGUAGUAACUUCAGAUGACUGCAGAAACAAACACAAAUCCUGUCUAGAGGAAUGAAACUGCAACCCAGGUAUCAAAAAACUCUUACAGAUAAAGUUCUAAGGACAUGGAUUAAAAAAAAAAAAAAAACUUAUUGCCAUUGAGUUGAUUCCAACUCAUAGUGACCCUAUAGAUACUCCACAGGAAAGAGUAGAACUGCCCCAUGGGUUUCCAAGGAGCGGCUGGUGGAUUUGAACUGCUGACAUUUUGGUUACCAGCCAGAACUCUUAACUAACUGCUGCACCACAUGGAUAGCUCACAUUUAAAAAUCAACACAAGGAAAUAAGAUACCAUGAGUGAGAGCCAUCAAAAAUAACAUAGGGGAAUCAGAUUCACAAACAUUUUAGAUAUUGUACUUAUUAGCACAGAAAAUAAAAUAAAUAUUUUACAUACAUUUUAAGCAAUAAAAGAUAAAAAACACCAGGCAACAAAAGAAUAUAAUUUUGAAGGGGGGUGGUUGUAGUUAAAGUGUCCCACUUUUAUCAUUCAAGAAGAGGGUAAAGAGUCUUAACUAGUUUUGGACCUUAGGUAAUUCAUGUUAAAAUAUUUGGAGUAACCACUAAAAGAAUAAGCAUCCAAAAAAACCCAAACCCAUUCCCAUCAGGUCAAUUCCCACUCAUAGUGACCAUAUAGGACAGAGUAGAAAAGUCCUGUAGGGUUUCCAAGGAGUGCCUGGUGGAUUUGAACUGCUGACCUUUUGGUUAGCAGCUGAACUCUUAACCACCAUGCCACCAGGGUUUCCAAGCUUUCUGCUUAAACCUCUUAAAAAAGAACAACAGAUGCCCUUGAGAAUGGGAACCAGACAAAAAAAAAAAGGAGGCCGUUUAUCACCAGUCUUAUUCAGCAUUGUACUGGAAGUCCUAGCUAGAGCAAUAAGAUAAGAAAAGGAAAUAAAGGGCAUACAAAUUGGUAAGGAAGAAGUAAAACUAUCCCAAUUUGUGAAUGAUAUGAUCUUAUACAUAGAAAAUCCCAAGGAUUCCACAAGAAAGCUACUGAAACUAAUAGAAGGACUCAGCAAAGUAGCAGGAUACAAGAUCAACAUAAAAAAUCAGUUGGAUUUCCAUACAAGAACAAAGAGAACUUUGAAAAGGAAAUCAGAAAAAAUACCAUUUACAGUAGUCCCCUCAUAAGGUAAAAUACUUAGGAAUAAAUUUAACCAAAGACAUAAAAGACCUAUACAAAGAAAACUACAAAACACUACUUUAAAAACCUACAUCAAUGGAAAAACAUCAUGCUCAUGGACAGGAAGACUCAACAUUGUGAAAACAUCAAUACUACCCAAAGCGAUCUACAGAUAACAAUGCAAUCCCAAUCCAAAUUUCAGCAACAUUCUUUACUGAGAUGGAAAAACUAAUCACCAACUUUAUAUGGAAAGGAAAGAGGCCGCAGAUAAGUAAAGCAAUAUUAAAGAAGAACAAAGGAGGAGGGCUUGCGUUACCUGAUCUCAGAACAGCCACGGUUGUCAAAACAGCUUGGUACUGGUACAAUGACAGACACAUAGACAAAUGGAACAUUAAUUGAGAACCCAGUUGUAAAUCCAUCCACCUAUGGUCAGCUGCCCCCCGCCCCCCGUGUAUGUCAGUUUGUUGUACAAUGGGGGCUUAAGGUUACUGUGAUGCUGGAAGGUGUGCCAUCAGUAUUCAAAUACCAGCAGGUCACCCAUAGUGCGUGGUUUCAGCUGAGCUUCCAGACUAAGACAGAUGAGGAAGAAGGGCCCAGCAGUCUACUUUUGAAAAGAAUUAGUGAAAACCUUAUGAAUAGCAGUGGAACAUCGUCUGAUACAGUGCUGGAAGAUGAGCCCCUCAAAAGACAACUGGGGAAGAGUUGCCUCCUCAAAGUAGAGUCAACUUUAAUGACAUGGAUGGAGUCAAGCUUUCGGGACCUUCAUUUGCUGAUGUGGCAUGACUCAAAAUAAGAAGAAAUAGCUGCAAACUUCCACUAAUGAUCAAAAUGUGAAAUGUAUGAAGUAUGAAUCUAGGAAAAUUGGAAGUCAAAAAUGAAAUAGAACACAUAAACAUCGAUAUCCUAGGCAUUAGUGAGCUGAAGUGGACUGGUAUUGGCCAUUUUGAAUAGGACAGUCAUGGUCUACUACCAUGCUGAGAAUGAAAAGCUGAAGAGGAAUGUCGAACAAAUCUGUCUUAGAAGAAAUACAACCAGAAUGCUCUUUAGAAACAAGGGUUGCGAAACUAUGUCUCACAUACUUUGGACGUGUUAUCAGGAGGGAUCAGUCACUGGAGAAGGGCAUCAUGCUUGGUAAAGUAGAGGGCCAGUGAAAAAGAGGAAGACCUUCAACAAGAUGGAUUGACACAGGGGGCUAAAGCAUAACAAUGAUUGUAGGAUGGUGCAGGACUGGGUGGUGUUUUGUUCUGUUGUACAUAGGAUCGCUGUGAGUUGGGACCAACUUGACGGCACCUACAACAACAACAUGGUUAGCUGAUUUUGACAAAGACCCAAAGACCAUUAAGUGGGUGAAAAGACAGUCUUUUCAAUAAAUGGUACUGGCAAAAGAGAAUGUCCAUUUGUAAAAAAAUGACACAGGAUCCAUUCCUCACAUGAUACACAAAAAUUAACUCAAAUUGGAUCAAAGACCUAAAUAUAAAACCUAAAACUAUGGAGAUCAUGGAGGAAAAAAUAGAGACAACACUAGGAACCCUAAUAUAUGGCAUAAAUAGAGUACCAGACGUAACUAAAAAUGCACAUACAGCACAAGAUGAACUAGAUAAAUGGGACCUCCUAAAAAUUAAACACUUAUAUGCUCAAAAAAGGACUUCUCCAAAAGAGUAAAAAGAGAACCUACAGACUGGGAAAAAAAUUUUGGCUAUGAAGUAUCUGACAAGGGACUAAUUUCUAAAAUUUAAAGAAAACUUCAACAUCUCAAAAAUAAAAAAAGACAAUCCAGUUAAAAAAUGGGCAAAGUAUAUGACAUUCAGGCAGCUAACAAACAUAUGAAGAAAUGCUCACAAUUAUUGGCUGUUAGAGAGAUGCAAAUCAAAACUACAAUGAGAUACCAUCUCACCUCCACAUUACUGGCACUAAUCAAAAAGAACAAAAACAAAAAAAAAACAAAGUAACAAAUGUUAGGUUACGGGGAGAUUGGAACUCUUAAACACUGCUGGUGGGAAUGUAAAAUGGUACAACCACUUUGGGAGACACAGCAUUUCCUCAAAAAGCUGGAAAUAGAAAUGCCAUAUGAUCCAUCAAUCCCAGUCCUAGGUAUAUACUCUAAAGAAAUAAGACCUAUGACACAAAUAGACAUAUGCACACCCAUGUUCACUGAGCAUUAUUCACAGUAGCAAAAAGAUGGAAACAACCUAAAUGCCCUUCAACAGAUGAAUGGAUUAACAAACUAUGGUACACACACACACAAGGGAUCACUACGAAAUGAUAAAAAAUAAUGACUAAUCCAAGAAACAUCUCACAACAUGGAUAAAUGUGGAGGACAUAAUGCUGACUGAAGUAAGUCAUUCACAAAAGGAUAAAUAUAGUAUGAGACCACUACUGUGAGGUAACAACAAAAGGUUUACACACAGGAAAAAAGAAAAAUUCUUUGAUGGUUACCAAGGACAGGAAAGGGAAGGAGGGAAAAUUACCAAUUAGAUAGAAGUCAUGAGUUAAUAUUGACGAAGGAAAAGGCGAUACAUUGUAUGGGGGAAGUCAGUACAACAUGAUCAAGGCAAGAGAGGACUCAGAGAAACGUAAGAGUAAAGGGCAACUACGGCAACUAGCUUAGACAAUCCUGCAGUAACAGUAUUAACAAACAAUAAUUUACAAACGGACAAAUAGGUAGAUAUGCCAAGAGGUGUGGGAGGAUGUAAGCGAACACACCAACUGGCAGAUACAGGUUUGGUGGUAGAUAUUUCUACAUACAUGAUUGUGGGUGUGGCUCAUAGAGCACACAAUGGGUAAAGUCAGGGAAACCUCUUAGACAUAACCAAACACCUUGGGGAUGAAGUUCCUAGGCUAGAAGACAAAGGACCAUAGACUCCGGACAUCUACCUCAAUUGGCGCAACAUAAUACAUAAAGUCAAUGUUCUACAUCCUACCAUGGUGAGUAGUAUCUGGGGUCUUAAAAGCUUGCCAAUAGCCAUCUAAGAUACAGGUACUGGUCUCUUCCAUUCGGAUGAAGGGAGAGAGAGUGAAGGAGACCAGAGACUCAAGGGAGCAAUUAGUCCAAAGGACUAAUGGACCACGUGAACCACAGACUACACAACCCUGAGACCAGAAGAACUAGAUAGUGCCCACUUAACCACUAUGAACUGCUCUGACUAGGAUCACAACAGAGGCGUGUAUUGGCUGGAUAACUGUGAAAACAUAUUUGCAAUUUAUAUCACAGAUUAAGAGGUAAUAUCCUUAAUUUAUGAAGAGCCUUUAAGAAUAGAGAAGAGCCUAUAGAAAAAUGGUGAAGAGAUACGAACAGUUCACAGAAAAAAAGAUGCAAAUGGCCCUUAGAAAGAUGCUCACCUUUCUGUAUAGUUACCACAACAACCCAGAGAGAUAGAACUUAUCAUCCUCCGUUUUAUAGGCAAGGAAACUGAAGCAAAAAGAGGUGAAGUAUUCUGUCUGAAAUCAAAUAAUAAGUGAUAGAGCUAGGAUUUGAACCCAGUCAGACUGGCUCCAAAUAAAAGAGUAAUGCCCCAUGACUAAGAGGGGUUUAUUUGAGGAAUACAAGGAUCAUUUAAUAUUAGGAAUAGCUAGGUAUUUCCUUAAUAUGAUAAAGUAUAUUUAUCUCAAUCCAAAGCCAAAACCAUGCUUAAUUGAGAAUACCAGAAGCAAUCUCAUUAAAGUCAGGAACAAGACAAAGAUGUCCACUAAUCACUAUUAUUUAAAAUUCUUCUGUAGGACUCAGAGAAAGAAAUUAAAGAUAUUGAAAUUAGGAAGUAAGAGAGGGUAAAAUUAUAAUUUGCAGAUAGGAUUGUUUACCUAGAAACCAAAAUAUUACAAACAAAACAAGAAUUUAAUAAAUGAGUACAAAAUUAAUUUUUUGAAGUCAAUAGCCUUUGUAUAUACAAUGUCCAACUACAUGCUAUAAGGGAAGAAAAGACCCAUUUUACAGUAACAGCAGAUAAGAUAAAAUACUUAGGAAUAAACUUAAAUAUUGUUUGUAGAAAUAUUAAAAAUGCUAAGGAGGGACACAAAACAAGACCUGAGCAAAUGGAAAAACCACAUUCUUAGGGAGGAGUAAUCAGCAUCAUAACGACUUCACUUCUCCUUAAUCUAUAUAUUUAAUGUGAUCUCCAAUAAAAAUACCAAUAGAAUUUUUAAAAAAUUUACACGGGCUGAUUUCUGAAGUUCAUAUGGGAAAAUAAACAAGCAAGAAUAGCCAGGAAAGAAAGGAAUGGUGAUACAGGGCAACUAUUGGAUUUUAAAAUUUGUAAAUCUACGGCAAUUAAAGCCAUGUGGUAAUGUUGAGACGGAUGAGCAGAACAGAAUAGUUCAGAAAUCUAAAUACAAAUGGCGAUUGGCUUCUCAAUCAGUGGGAAAAAGAUUAUUCAGUAAAUGGGGUAGGGACCACUGGGUAGUGUUCUGGAAAAAAAUUAAGUUGGAUCCAUACUUCACUCCUUGGACCAGGACAAAUUGUAGGCAGUUCAAAGAUUUAAACAUAAAAAGUAAAACUUUAAAAGUAACCAGGAAAAAAAUAAAAAUUCUUUUAUGAUCUAAGAGGGGGGAAGGCCUAUCUAAGUAUGACAAAACCAAGAAGCGAUAAAAGAAAAGAUUGAUAAGUUAGACUUCAUAGAAACAAAUUUCUUCAAGACAAUAGCACCAUAAGCAGAUGCAAAUGAGAACCUGGGGAGGAUAUUUGUAACUCCACCAGGAUAAGGGCUAAUUUAUCUAAUAUAGAAAGAGCCCCUACAAAUCAAAAAGAAACAGAUCAGCAAUCCAAUAGAAAAAUGGGCAAAGGAAAUUAGCAGACAUUUCAUAAAAGGGAAAAUGCAAAUGGCUUAAUAUUAUGAAACAUGCUCAACCUCACUUGUCAUAAGAGUAAUUUUUCACCUAUCAAAAACAAUAAAGUUUGAUAACACUAUAUUGACAAGUGCAUGGUUAAAUAGGUACUUUUUCAUACAUUGUAUACAGUAGUACAAACUAUGGAGAUUGGCAGUAUCUAUCAAAAUUACAAAGGUGCAUCACAUCUCCCGUGUGUGAAAUGACUUAAUCUCAUGGCAAAUUAUUAGGCUUCAUUAGAGAUGAAUCAGGUUCAAUCCACGCUCAAGAGGAGGGGAUUAGAUUACAUGAGAGCUUGGAUGCCAUGAGGUGGGGAUUUUGGGGGAUCAUCCUAAAGAGGCUGCCGACCACAUUAAUAAAUAUCGUAAAACCCUAACUAUGCAUUGCUUUCCAGAGGCACACUUGAAGUGUAAAGACAAAAAUUGAAAGUAAAAGAAUGAAAAAAAAAAAAAAAUCAAGCAAA